AUGUCCAUGUCAACCUUGAAGACUCCCGUGAUGAACAGCAUUGCCAAACGCUGUUACGCCAACAAGGCUGCGGCGCUAUCCAUCAAAGGCCCACAGGUGCAGACGAAAAAAUUGCCCAACAACUCUCUGGUCGUAGCCGUUCCCGAUUACCCGACCAAUAUCGGAAGGGUUUCGGUGACUUUCUUGGCCGGAUCGCGGUACGAAGACCCAGAGAACGCGGGUAUCUCCCAUCUGGUCCGCAGCUCUGCCGGACUCAGCACCGAAUCGUCGUCCACAUUUUCGAUCAUACGAAACCUUGGUCACUUGGGCACCAACUACUAUGUAACUUCCGACCGCGAGACGAUCACGUACACCAUCGAAGCACACAAGGAAAAUCUCGUCAGCAGCUUAAAGUAUUACAUUGAGUCCAUUUCGAAUCAGACGUUCAAGCCUUGGGAGCUCUCCGACAACUUGAAACGCGUAGAAUACGAUCUGUUGACCGUGUCGCCCGAGCUCAGGGUUUUGGAUUUGGCUCAUAAGGCCGCGUACAGAAACGCCCUCGGUAACACAGUGUUUUUGCCCAAAUACAACGUCAAGAAAUUGGGAUCGGAACAUCUCUUGUAUUAUGUCAAGAAAAAUUUCAACAACCAAAACGCUAUCAUAUCUAGUGUCGGAGUUGACUUGGACACACUGGUGCAUGUUUCGGAAGACUUGAAUUUACCCAACGGAGAUGCAAGCUGUUCACCAAAAUCCAAAUAUUUCGGCGGAGACCUGAGGAAGUCUAAGGCAUUGGACGUUACUUAUUUGGCUGUCGUAGGCGAAGGAGUAAGCUAUAAAGAUUCGCAAAGUGCCUCAUAUGCCGUACUUCAAUAUUUGCUUGGCAAAGGAUCAUCAGUGAAAUGGGGAGUUGGACAAGGAGUCUUGGAACAAAAUAUCCUAAAAUCAAACUGUUCAGAUAAUUUUGCUGUAUCUGCCGUAAACUAUAACUAUUCAGACUCCGGUCUCUUCGGUUUCUUGUUAGCAUACAAUGGCAAAGAUGUGAGUAAUGUCUUAAAAGCUGCGGUACAGAGCUUAAGAUCUCCUACAGUUACUGAAACCGAAGUGUGCAGGGCCAAGAAACAAUUGAUUUUCUCACUUGUAUCAGCAUCAGAAUCUAGUGCCGGAGUCCUAGAAAAUAUUACUUACCAAGCUACCACCACUGGACAAGUAAUACCAUUUGAGAAGUUGAUUGCUGCUGUUGAAGCGGUUACCAUUGAGGAUGUGAAGAAAGCAGCCAGCAAAGUAGCUGGUAGCAAGUUGUCAUUGGCUGGUUAUGGUAAUGUAGCAACUACACCUUACUUGGAUAAUUUGUAA